AUGAGAAACCUGAUUUCGGCGGCGUUGCUGCUGUUGAUGGUUGUGAGUGGCACGUUCGCUGCAAGCGACACAACUGCUCCGGCUGCUCCUCCAAAUGACUGGCACUACACCAUUCUGUCCCCUCGAACCAUCCGACCAUCAUCCUCCUACACAUUCACCGUCAACUUCAAAGCUCCACAGAACUCCAGCUCCAGAGAGGCCAAAGUGAGGGCCUCCAUCGUCUACUGGUACUCCAACAAGGUCAAUGAAACCAAGGUUAUGGUCAGCAGAAAUGUUUCCGUCAAAUCAGGCGACCAGAAGUUGUUCUACAUGCAGAUUCCCAACUCGAAUGCCCUGCGCAACUACAAGUACAGCUUCAACUUCUCGGCCGAGGUGCAGUUCAACGGCAGUCUUUAUCUGACCAAUGAGCAGAGAAAAUGUAAAAAAUUGCCAAAGCGAAACAGAGCAAUGACUCAGGGGAAUUCGUAUACUGGGUACGAGAAGAUUCAUCAAACUUAA